AUGCAGUACGCCAAGGUCCUUGCUCUCGCUGUCUUCAUGACCAGCGCACUCGCCGCUCCCCUCGAGAAGGUCACUCGUGCCUGUGCCUACACCUGUGGCUCCAACUGCUACACCAGCACUGCUGUCAGCGCCGCCCAAGCUGCUGGCUACAAGCUUGAGAAGGCUGGCAAGACCGAUGACGAUUACCCCCACGUUUACCACGAUUACGAGGGUUUCACUUUCCCUGUGUCCGGCACUUACUACGAGUUCCCCAUCCUGAGCUCUGGAUCUGUUUACACUGGUGGAUCCCCCGGCGCUGACCGUGUCAUCUUCAAUGGCUCUGGAGAGCUUGCCGGUGUCAUCACCCACACUGGCGCUUCUGGAGACGAUUUCGUUGAUUGCACUUGA